AUGGCUGUCGCUUCUACCGUUACCUUCAGCAAAUUCAUUGAAGGUAAAAUUCGAAUGUGGUACAAGAUGUACAAUUUAAAGCGUGAUGGUGGCAUGGGAAAAGAAGACUUUGAUUAUAUGACGGAUGUGUUCAUCAGGGAGUUUAAACCAACCGCUGCACAAGAGGCCGAGCUCCGACACUGGCUGCAUAACCACUGGAGCAUUAUCAUCAGCGAGGGCAAAGAUCUGACGGCGGCGGGUAAGCCAGGAGGAAUCACACAAGAUAAUUGUCCUGAUUUACUGGAAGUUGAGAAAAUCCUGAAAAAUGAACAGCGGAUUACCGAGGACCAGUAUGUGAAAGCGUUUGGCCAGCUUGUCGAAGUCAACAAGGAUCUUUUCGUGAAAACAUUCACAAAAAUGGUCACCAUGUUUUUCAACAUGUUUGACGCGGACAGUGAUGGGUUCAUCACAGUGGAUGAUAUGAUCAAGGGAUUCAACUGCUUCGGCAUCAAGCAUGAUGAUGCCACCCGAGCCAUCUUUAACGACCUUGACAAGAACAAAACAGGCAAAGUAUCACGUGACCUGUACCUGUCAGAAUGGAUUGAGUUCAUGGUCGGCGAAAAUAAGGAUGCCGUGCUCGCGAAAUACCUGUGUCAAGGACAGUCGUGA